GAUGAUCGCUCCGAUCCGGGCCCUUGUACGUCAUGGCGCACGGUUUAUAGUUUCGCACCGGUCGGACAAGUUUCCAGUGCUCGGCAAACCAGAUCUCGGAAAGGUUGCCCGACCCGUACGGUUACGGUGCGUUGGCUCUUUUUUUACUCCUCUCGUUUCGGGCUACAGUGCAAGAUUUCCGUUCGCAAGUCUGUUUGGGUGCGGCACGCGUGCCAGUGUGCAGUGAGGACACGCGAUUGUGAGUGUGAGACGAUUAGAUGAUAGUCGCGGCGCAGAACCAGCGGGAUCAGUCAUUCUCGACCAGUUCAUUUGCUUCGUUUGACCAAAAUGUGUUGGCCGUGAUCAGUGUUUGCUAGUGAGUUGCCCGUCCCGAUAGCCCCUUAAUAAAGUCGAAUAAAGUUGGAACUUUCCGGUUCAGCUCUUGGAGAGGAUAAACUAGAGGAACUCUGCAAUCCUGCUGUGGCGAAGGUGCGAAAGCCUUUUUCUGUGUGAUAUAAAGAGUGUGUGCGAGAGUGUACCGUGAGCAGACUAGUGGAAAAGUUUUCUUCAUUCGAAAUAGUUUACUGACCCGUGUUGGUGUGUGUGUGUUUUAUUUUUUUGCUUAACCGAAGCAACUUGUCUUAAUUUGCAUUAUAAAAACGCGCCACGAUUUUACCCCGCUGGUGCAAAAUGCGUUCAGGUUCCAGUGUGUUCUGGAUGCUGGCGGUAGGAUUGCUACUACUUGCCAGCGUACUAGAAUCCGAUGCAGCCGAUAAUUCGAGAAGUGGCGCACAAAAAGGCGGUGCUAAUCAGCAAACGAAUCGUCUGGAUGCACCGAGCACCAAAACGAAACAGGUGUCGGACAGUGUAACGAAUCUAGCCGCAAGGAUCGCGAACGCUCUGUCGAACCAGAAAAGCAAAACGGAAAUCUUCUCACCUGUCAGCAUAGCUGGAGCGUUGUCGCUGCUGUUGCUUGGGUCUGGCGGACAAACGCAGCAAGAGCUGCUUAACGUUAUGGGCCUUAACAAGGGACAGCUCACGUUCCAGGAGAUACACAUCAGCUUCGGUCGACUGUUUCAGGAUCUGGUGUCGAACGAUCCCAGCCUGGAGCCGCUAGUACACUGGCGCUUGCACGACAAGUGCAACCGAUACGAGGAAGAGGAGGAAGAUGACGAUUUCCCACUCGCACCAUCACCGAGCAACCCCAACGAAUACCCAUCCCAUCAGAUAUCGAUUGCGAACGGUGUGUUUCUUCAUCGAGACUUCCUGCCGGGCGAUCGGUACCUACAGCUGACGAAACGGAUCUACAAAGGAACAGUCCAGAAUCUAGACUUUGAGCGUGACAGUAAUGGUGCUACAGCGUUCAUAAACGAUUGGUGUUCGGUCGCAACUAAGGGCAAGAUCAAGGAAAUUGUCACGGAAGAUCUGCUGCGUAAUACACGUAUGAUAGUGGCUAACGCUUUGUACUUCAAGGCACAAUGGGAAACGACAUUUUCACCGUUCGGUACCCGCCAGAGACUGUUCUAUCCCAACGGUCAAUCAGAACCGGCGAUCAGUGUGGAAUCGAUGGCUACCUCGGGAUGCUUCCCCUACUACAAUGCAACUGCAGAGUACGAUGUUCAGAUAAUUGGACUACCGUACGAAAUGGGUAAAUCGACCAUGUACAUAAUACUGCCAAAUGGUUCGAAUCGACAGAAGAUGCAAGAGAAGCUGGCAGUUCUAAAUGCUUCCCAUCUUAAUUGGUUGAUCGACCAAAUGGUCGUGAAAAAGGGUAUGGUUGUGCUGCCGAAGCUAAACAUCUCGAAUCGCAUUCGUAUGAGCAGCAUUCUGCAGAGGUUGGGCAUUCGUGAUCUUUUCGAUCCGACACGCAGCAAUUUGACGGGAAUAUUUAAUGACAAGCCGGCGGGUUUAACCCCCGAUGCUAGCGACGCAAGUGAACCGAUUAAUCCGCUAAAUACGCAGAGCCGUUUUGAUGCUACGGAAGCAACAACAGGACAGGCGUUCGGGCAAAAACCAACCAUUUCUCCCGACCGACAGAAUACAGGACAGCGGCCGCAACAACCACAGCCAAGACCUCAGGGAAACGAUGUACAGCAAAUAGUAUCGCUUGAUAUAUCGGCACAGGAUUGCCAGUUGAUAGAGAAUUGUCAAUAUAUUCCGAACACUAAAAAAUGCACGUGUAAUCGUAUACCAACCGAAGACUACAGCCCAGACUGUGGAGCCCAUUUAGCGAAGCAUUAUUAUGAUACUAAUAAUAAACAUUGUCUGUUCACUUUCAAACAAUCUUCGCUAACUACGAGUAUUUGUGUAAAGCCAAGCUACCGGCUUAAUCUUGAUUUAAAAACCCAGAACGCCUGUGAGCAGCGAUAUGGAUGUAAAAUGUUGAAAAACUUUUGUUACUGCUGUAAUUCGAAUGUGCCGUUGCAACGGCCACAAGCACAAUACCCAACCGUGACGAAUAGCCAGCCGAUAUUAGAAAAUCGAUUCGGUGGUGAAGACACAACGUACAACACACAGCCUUACCCAAACCAACCAGCAUACAGUAGCGAACAAUCGAAGGGUACGUGUUACUACUUCCAGGCGUCGAACAGCUAUAUAUGCCAGAUUUCCGCAGUACAACGGGCAUCACUUAGAAUUAAGAAACGUCAAGCCCAAUUCCCAUCAUCUUUUGGACAACAGGGACAAGUACAGCAAACACCACACCAGCAACUGUUAGCCCAACCGGAACUACAACAAAUAAGUCCCCAACAACGGCAGCAACUGCAAGUCCAGCAGUUCCAAUCAAAUCAAGAGCUGCAGCUGCAAACCAGAUUACAACAGGAAACAGGGUUUGUGCAACAAAUACAGCAACCACAAGGAAGACCGCAACCGCAACAACAGCAAACUCAGUUUCAACAACAGCAACCAAUACAACAACAAGGAACAUUUCAACCGCAAACAAUACAACAACAGCAGGUGCAACGGCCAGCUCUACAACAACAGCAACAGAAUCAGGUGCAACAGCAACGGCCAACGCAACAACAACAACAACAACAAAUAUUGAAACAACAGCAACGACAACAACCACAGCGACAGUACGAGUCUGUGCAUGUGAAUGAGAUCAUCACCCACGUGACACUGGAUGUGAACGAACAGGGCACGGAAGGUGGAGCAGUAACAGUAGCGCUUAUUGAUCGUAUCGGGCCAGGUUAUUCUUUCGUUGUUGACAGCCCAUUCUUGAUCUUCAUUCGCAACGACAAAACGCAACUCCCAUUGUUUUAUGGUGCUGUGUACGAUCCACGUCCCUGCUACGCAUCCGACUACGAUCCAACGGCGCAUUUAAUUACGCUCGCCAACGGUAUAUUUAUCCAGCAAAGCUUCCAGCUCAGUGACUCGUACCGGAAUCAAUCGAUGUUGUACUACCGCUCCGAGGUUCAGUCCCUUGACUUUGAGCUAAACGCACCCGCUGCGACAAAGCAAAUUAAUGGAUGGGUAAGCGAGAAGACUCACGGCAAGCUUCCAAACAUCCUGCCAUCGACACUGCCAGCCAGUACGGUCAUGGUACUGGCCAGCGCCUUGUACUUCAAGGCACUGUGGGCGGAAACGUUUAUCGAUGGAGCGACUAAGCUGCGCGAGUUUUACCCGGACGGCAAGGACCAUCCGUCGGUGAUGGUGCAAAUGAUGGCCCACGGUGGUUGCUUCCCGUUCUAUGAAUCAACCGAGCUGGAUGCGCGCAUUAUUGGGCUGCCGUACAAGAACAAUCUUACCACGAUGUACGUGAUCAUGCCGAACGAUUCAAACCGGGCGAAACUGCAGCGGCUCAUCCCAAAGCUGACCAGUGAAUAUCUGCAACAGAUGAUCGAUAGUAUGACGAUCAAAACCUCGAUCAUACUAUUCCCCAAGAUGCACCUCAGCAACACGGUGGAUCUGAAGCGAGUAUUGCAAAAGCUGGGCGUAUCCUCGCUAUUCAAAGCGGAGCGCAGCAAUCUUUCGACAAUGUUAAACGAACCAGAACAAACGGAUGCGUACGUCAAUCGAUUGCAAGGAACGUCGGCCACAUCAGCUCCGAAUAUGCGACCCACAUUGAACAUUCCCGCAUACGAAAAGAGACCACAGCCCUCAUUCGAUAUUAAUGAAAUGUUGCUAUUCCACCGAAUCGGUAACGAUUCGACGGAUGAAGCGGUCGUAAAUACGACGGAGUCAUUAACCACAGAAAGUGUCCCAGUAAGAUUAGUACCAUUAACUGCUCGACCCAUCGCCAAGGUUGGUGGUGAUAGAACAAAGCGAGACGUUAGCUACAAAGUGCCGGGCAGUAAGCACACCCAGGUUGGUCCACUGAGCAGCAAGGACUUUAUAUUGAACAAGCGUAUCGUCAAGGAAAAUGGUCCAGUGGGAAAGAAGGGUUUGCGAAGGCGCAGCAAACGUGCGGCACAGCAGCUGUACGUGAGCAAUGCCGUCCAUCAGGUCGAUCUGGAGGUGAACGAGACGGGCACAGAAGGUGGUGCUGCCACAAUUGUGACACUGAAUCGAUCCGGCACCAGCGUCGUAUUCCGUGCGGAAGCACCAUUUUUGCUGUUGAUUCGCAACGAUCGUACUGGUUUGCCGCUAUUUUUCGGUCCCGUGUAUCAUCCGUCUAGCAUCCAAGCAACGGCUGUUGUCAUACAGAUCGGUAAUGGUAUCUUCGCUCAAAUGGGCACCACGUUCGAUAAGCGCUACAAUAAGCUGGCCAAAGAUCUCUACCAGAGUGAACUGCAGCAUCUAGACUUUGUCGGCGACGAGACCAAUUCCGUACGGUUCAUAAACAACUGGGUGCAUACUCAAACACACGGCCGGAUUGCGGACAUUGUAUCGCACAUCAGCCCGGAUACGAUCCUGAUGAUCGUCAACACACUGUACUUCCGUGGUCUGUGGGAGGAAUCAUUUCAACCGCUUGCCACCCGCAACAGACGUUUCUUCCCGAACGGACCCGAUGGUCCGGACUCGUUUGACAUUCCGACGAUGGCCAAGAGUCACUGCAUGCCGUACUACCACUGGCAGGAGGAAAACGUACGCGUGGUCGGUGUACCGUACCAUCAGAACGUUACCAUGUACAUCUUUAUGCCGAUAAACUCCACUCGGCAGCUGGUGCAAUCAAUGCAGGCCAAAAUUACCGCCGACCGGAUGAACGAUAUUGUGACGAAGAUGAAGAUGAAAUCGGUCACGCUGCUGUUCCCGAAGAUGCAUAUUUCCAACUCCAUCAGCUUGAAAAGUGUUCUGCAACAACUCGGCGUUUAUACACUGUUCGAUCGUCGAGAUGCCGACCUGUACCGUCUGCUUACCGGAAAAACUGAAAAUCGUGGUAGUGAAGGUGAAGACGCGCUGGAUAUUUUGGAUAUUUUGCAAGACACGAAAGAAAACGCUAUCCGCCAAUUGAAGCAACAAAAUCCAUCAUGCGUUACAGUCGAGCAUGCUGGUAGAAACCGGGGCGAUUGUUUGAAAAAACUUUGUGCGUGGGGCGGCGAUACGUGUGUGUGCUGUCUGGGUGUAAAAGAUGAUGAUGAUGAUGAUGGUGAUGAAUUUCAGCGCCGUCGCCGCCGCCGACGGGACGAAUUUGCCGUUAUGGCGUCGAAGAAUGAAUCGAUCUUCGUGAACGAAAUGAUACACAAGGUAGAUCUGACGGUCAAUGAACGCGGUACCGAGGGAGGUGCAGCUACCGCUACGCUUAUCGAUCGUAUCUCGUCCCAGGUUAGUUUCAUCGUUAAUGGACCUUUCCUAAUGAUUAUCAGAGAAGAAACCACUAGAUUGCCUCUGUUCUAUGGAGCUAUUUACAAUCCGAAAUAAACCGUGCCAGGCGACGUAACGCUACAAGGAUUUACUAAUGCAAUUAUAAACAUUAUACCUCAUAACAAACAAACGAACAAAUAAUAAAUGCCCUAUCAAAUGGAUGGGAAUAUGCAGCUGAGUUCAGCUAGAGGUUCGAUA